AGUUGAAUCGAUGGCCGGCGAUGGCAUCCCUGUUUAUAAAUUCUGAUAAAUUCCUCUCAAUUAUUUAUAAUUCUACUUAUACUUAGAUUAUUUUCAAUAAAUUGAUGCUCCAAUAAAAUUAAAAUAAUAUUAUUGAGAAUCCUACCAAAUUUAUAAUUAAUUAUUGAUUUUUUAUAUUCUCAUGUUUAGCCUUGAGGUGUUGAAAACCUAACCUCAAUUUUCUGUUCAGCUGAUGGCUUCUCAAUUUUGCUGAACGUUCAACACUUAACAUUGUUAUAAAUUUGUUAUUAUAAAUUACUAAUAAAGCAUGACGUUAAAUUAACAAAAAUAUAUUUAGAUUGAUGAAAUAAUUGUUUUGUUGCGGUGUAAACGAUGGCUUGUCGCAUCUCACUCAACAAUGCCAGUGUGUUUAGCAAGCAAUGUCUGAAACAACAAUGGAAGAGCUUCUCGUCGCAGUCGGCGUCGCAGGGAGGGGGCGGUGUUGCCAAGUCGGGCACAGCCUUCAGCCAGCCGCCACUCAGCAAGCCGCUAGCGGGUCUGCCGCGACCCGUCUUCUCAACAGCAAAGGAUGACGGCGAGUCGACACGCGUGACAACACUGCCUAGCGGGCUAAGGGUGGCCUCCGAGAACCGGUUUGGACAGUUUUGUACGGUUGGAGUGGUCAUAGACUCUGGAUCAAGAUUUGAAGUGUCCUAUCCAAGCGGAAUCUCUCAUUUUCUGGAGAAAUUAGCUUUCAACUCCACAAAACAGUAUGAUAACAAGGAAAUUUUCCAAGUUUUGGAGAAGCAUGGUGGAAUCUGUGAUUGCCAAUCCUCAAGGGACACCUUAGUUUAUGCAGCAUCAGCUGACAGUCGAGGAUUUGAUGCUAUUGUCAACAUUCUGGCUGAAGUUGUAUACAGGCCUCAGGUCACAGUUGAAGAGGUGGAGAAUGUAAGACAAACAAUACGAUUUGAAUUGGAGACGUUGAUGACGAGACCUGAACAAGAAGCCAUUCUCACCGAUAUGAUUCAUGCGGCAGCCUACAGAAGCAACACACUAGGUCUGCCCAAGAUCUGCCCCGAGGCGAAUGUUCCAGUCAUAGACAGAGGCACACUUCUCACAUACAUGCGUAAUCAUCACACGCCCGCACGCACAGUCAUUGCCGGUGUUGGCAUAGAGCAUGAGGCUCUUGUCGAGUCUGUACACAGGCAUUUCGAGGAGAAUAAGCCAAUCUGGGAGACUGAUGUGGAUUUGAGCGAACUGAAGCAGUCAGAACGUCUGAAGGCCGACAAUUCCAUAGCACAGUACACCGGAGGCUUGGUCAAGGAAGAAUGUGAGAUCCCACAGUACGUGGGCCCAUCAGGGUUGCCAGAGCUGGCCCACGUUGUGGUGGGUAUGGAGGGUGUCUCCCACCAGGACCCUGACUUUGUGCCCAUCUGUGUGCUCAACAUGAUGAUGGGUGGCGGUGGGUCCUUCAGUGCUGGAGGUCCUGGCAAGGGCAUGUACACGAGGCUCUACACCAAUGUAUUAAACAGGUAUCACUGGAUGUUCAGUGCAACAGCGUACAACCACUCUUACACCGACAGCGGAGUGUUCUGCAUUCACGCCAGUGCGCCGCCACCUUAUGUCAGGGACAUGACCGAAGUCCUACUCAAGGAAUUUGCAUCCAUGUCACACUCUGUGUCUGACAUUGAACUCAGGCGAGCCAAGACCCAACUGCAGUCUAUGCUGUUGAUGAAUCUGGAAGCUCGGCCAGUUGUGUUUGAGGAUAUAGCCAGGCAGGUGUUGGCUACAGGUCACCGCAAGCAUCCAAGUGUAUUCAUUCAGGCAAUUGAAUCAGUGACAGCCGCAGACAUAGACCGUGUCACGCAGCGUCUACUCCGCAGCCAGCCUGCGGUUGCCGCAAGGGGCGCUGUUCAAAAACUGCCAACUCUGCAAGAUAUCCAGGCGACGCUCAUUGAUUCCGGAUCGGCUCUCAACCAACGCCGCAGUCGGCUUUUCACACCCAAGUGAACUGUGUCAACGGACUCUGUUUAGUGCAAUGCAAUCUGUACUCUCUUUAACGUUUAACGCCCUUUCAAAAAUAAAUAUACUGUUACUGCCACA